UCAGUGACAGGUGCGGUAUUAUACACUCGAUUCGCCACGGAAAGCCAAAGCGAUCUCCAGGCGUAUAUGGAAGAAUUGCUAUUCAAAGCAAGCCCUCAUAACCUGUCUUGUAUUUUAGCCUCAACACUUGCAUACAGACACACACAAACUCCUAAUGGAUCACACACAGUACCCCAGCUCAAGCCAGGAACUGCAGGCACUUUCCAGCACCCACAUGAAACCACCGCCCCCACAGCCAAAUUCAGCCGAUGACCUCGCGCACAGCCACGACCACGAGUUUAACGACUCGGACUACAACAGCGACGAGCGGCAAAGCCCGAGCUGGAGCGCAACCAGAUCGCAGAGCGAGGGGUCAAGGUACUGGAAAGACAACCUGAACAACCUGUUGACUCCCCAGACGGUAUCAGAACAAGCGCAGGUCAAACGCCGCACACGCAACCGCGAAGCCGCGCGCCGUUCGCGCCAGCGCCAGCGGGAACGAGAAAGGGAGCUGAUCGAGCGCCAAUCCAAACUGACAGAACGCAUGAAGGCCCUCGAGAGCGAGCUUGUUGAGUGGCGGGCAAUCAACUCCAGCUCCGGUGGCGGCCUGCAGUUGCUGGAAACCGCAGUCGGCGAGGAUGAGCUCACAGAGAAUAUCAACAACAUCUAUUCCCUGACCAUGGAUACACUCAAGAUCAUCGGCGAACUGCAGCUCCAGCUUGACGAGAUUACAAAAGAGCUCAACGAUAUGAUCAAAAAAUGAUCCCUGUACGUUUUAAUGAUACCUUCUUUCUUGAUCCCAGACCUCCACCCUUUCCCACAACCUUAAUGCAAGAUGCUUGUCAACAACAGAACCCUCGACAAAGUUGUUAAAAAAGAAUAAAGUGAUUCCCUGGGAA